AUGGCUCCACAGCUUAAAAACCCCGAGCUUCUUAGAACCAAGCCUUUCAUUAACGGUGAAUGGGUCGAGUCCAAAUCUACCAAGACAUUUGAUGUCGUGGAUCCCGCCACGGAGGAGGUGAUAGCGACGCUCCCAGAUCAGACACCCGAGGAGAUUGACCAUGCAAUCCAAAUCACAAAAGAUGCUUUUGACAGUUACAAAAAGACCAAUGUUGUGGACAGAUCGAGAUGGUUACGCAAUUGGUACGACUUGAUGCUUGAGAAUCUCGACGAUUUAGCCACUCUCAUCACUAUGGAGAAUGGUAAGUGCUUGAAUGAUGCACUUGGAGAGGUGAAAUAUGCUGCCUCUUACUUUGAAUGGUUUUCUGAAGAGGCGAAGAGAAACUAUGGCCACACUAUUCAGCCAGCUAACAGCAACAACAAGAUCAUCACCUACAAGCAGCCUGUUGGUGUGGUGGGGCUCCUCUGUCCGUUCAAUUUUCCUGCUGCUAUGGGUGCAAGAAAGGCUGCACCAGCAUUGGCAGUAGGAUGCACGUGCAUCAUGAAACCAGACGCUCAGACACCAUUGACUGCUUUGGCGAUGGCUCAUUUGGCCGAUAAGGCCGGUUUCCCCAAGGGAGUAUUCAACGUUGUAUUGAGUUCCGUUGAGUCCACACCAGUCUGUGGAACAAAGUUUUGCGAGUCACCAUUAAUCAAAAAGGUGUCUUUCACCGGAUCCACGCCAGUGGGAAAGCUUUUGAUGAAACAGCUGUCGCUGACGCUCAAGAAAUUGCUGAUGGAGCUUGGUGGAAAUGCUCCAAUUGUUGUGUUUGAAGAUGCGAAGCUCGACCAGGCAGUUGAGCAGGCAAUCGCCUCUAAAUUCCGCUCCUUGGGCCAAACAUGCGUUUGUGCCAACCGUAUUUACGUUCAGGCGGGUAUCUACGAUGAAUUCUGCCUGCGCUUUGCCGAGAAAGUGAAGGCGUUCAAAAUCGGCAACGGUUUCGAGAAAGGCGUUACCCACGGUUGCUUGAUCAACACGCGAGCGAUUGAUAAGGUAGAGGAGCACGUCAGAGAUGCCGUUGGCAAAGGGGCAGAAAUUCUUGUGGAAGGUGGCCGCCUCAGUGAUCUUGGCAAACACUUUUACAGUCCAUACGUGCUUGGGAAGGCCACCAAGGAAAUGAAAUGUUUUGGUGAGGAGACGUUUGGCCCCCUCGCGGCGAUCGCCAGGUUCGAGACCCAGGAAGAGGUUGUUGCUGAGUGCAACGAUACGCCUUUUGGUCUUGCGGCUUAUGUGUUUCUGGAGAGCCUCAACCGGGUGUGGCAAGUUUCCGAGGCGCUUGAGACAGGCAUGGUGAGUGUGAACAGCGGAAUUUUCACUGAUGCCGCAUUGCCCUUUGGUGGAGUCAAGGAGUCAGGAUUCGGCCGUGAAGGCUCCCUCUAUGGCAUGGACGACUACACCGUGGUGAAGCUGAUUUCUCUCGGCAAUGUCUAUGGCUAG